UAAAAUACAGAGACAUCAGUUGGAUCUUUCAAAAGCCUGUGUUCGCUUUUGAGAGACACCCCACCGUAUGGGUGCGGCUGUUCCUGGCGCUCUGGGUGGGGGCGUGUGGCCAGGACUCCCAGUGCCUCUGCGGUGGCCACGAGGUGCCCAGAGGAGACACUGUAAAAGCUAAGCAAUCGAGGUUAUUUGUCUGGACUCUCAGUGAGUCUCCAGCGUCUCCCAUCUAGUACUUGGGGGGUUCCAGAGGGGCGAGAGUUUUGUGCGGGGCUCUGUGAGAUGGUCUGGGUCUGGUUCGUAUCUCGUGAAACACAUACACUUACUGACGUUAGUGCUUUCUGUGAAACAGUCAGAAUUCCAUCCCACCCUGACCCUUGUGCCUUGCACCUUGUGACGAGCUUCCCAGCCUCCCUGCAGUCCAGGCCUCUUGAGGAACCCCCAACGGGACCCCCUCCUUCAGGGCGAGCUGUGGGGAUCCCACAUCUUACACAGGGGUGAGGCCCGUGGGCCCAGGUGUGCUUCCACGACGGGCUGGUCUGGGGGUCUUUGCUGUCUGUGACACAGCCCCAGCAGUGGGGACCCCAGGUUUCAGGUCACAGCCCUUCUGAACUGGUUCCGGGCGGUCAGCACAGGGGACCAGGAUGGCACCUAUACUGCCACCUCCAGGCUGCCCAGGGAAUUGCUGUGCAAACUGGGACAUCUCGUGACCCGUGAAACCCACUGAUGUGGCGGCUCUGCCUCUUACAGGCUCUGGGGGCCAAGCCUGGGCGCUGGAGUGAGGCCUCAGUGUCCCUGCUCCAUCCAGGUGCUGUCUGCAGCCAGGCUCAGGACGCAGACCUCUGCCCAUCUGCUGCGGCCCCUCUGGUACCCCUCAGCCCACUCCGUGCAGCAGCCCCGUGGGCAGUGGGCCCACCCAGGCGCCCCCAAACCCAGAGCCCCAGCUGCCUGCUACUGCUCCAGCCCCGCCUCUCCCAUUCCCCAGGCCUUCCUGUGUGCUCUGCCCAGCCUGGCCCCGUCUUGGCCUUUCACCAGCUGCCUGAGGGCCCCUCCCUGCACUUCCUGGUCGUGGAAGAACUGUUCUCUCUCCUUGUCACUCAGUUCGGCCUAAGUGCCACCACGAGCGGCCUCUCACCGUGCAGCCUUGAUUAGCUGUCAUUUACUCCAGCUGAACCACAGUCCCCCCCCCCCCCAGAGGGAGGUGUGUGUGGGCCUUGUGGGCCUCGGGCAGGUCAGAUGGGUGGUUCAGUGGGGGACUCCAAGCAGAGGGGCAGAUACCCCAGAAGUGCCUCUGGAGCUGCAGGUUGGGUUUGAGGAGUGAGCAGCCUUCUCGGCCCUUUCUAGCCCGUGUGCUCAGCACAGUCUGGUGGGACUGCCACUUCUGGGGGACAGGGCUCCUUUUCUCCACCUUGUACCUGCCCCUCUCCGGCGUGGAACCUGGCUGGGGCGGGUCUCCGCGUGUCCUAACCUAACAUCUUUCCUAAUGUGUGAAAAUAAGAUAGCACAGAGGGCUGGAUGACAAAGAAAUUUUACUUCCUGUUUUAUUGUCUAAAAUUUCACCGUGAACGUGUGUGCGUCUUAUGUUGAAACGUGUGGAAUUGCCAACAGCUGAUUGCCUUUGGCUUACUAGGCAGUGGCUCAGAUUGGUCAGGUGUCCUUGACUCCCAUCUGACACCCACAGCCUGUGUGCUGGGGAAGGGUCAGCAUCCCACCUUGCAGGUGACCCAGCAGGAAGCUGAGUCACGGUUGGCGCCCAGGACGCACUGUGGUGGCUUCGGCUGGGCACAGCUGAGUCUGAGGGCCAGAGGGGCCGCGGGCCGUGCCCACCUGAGUCAGCGGUGAGGGGGCUUUGACCUGGGCAGCGGUAUGCGAGCCGCCCUUGCUUGUCCUGAGGCCCGCAGCCAAACAGUGACCGUGUUGGGGGAGCGCACCCCCCUCCACCUGACCCGAGGCCUGAAGCUCCUCCCACGGGGCUGAGCCGGUUCCACGGCCCAGCUCGGAUUCCUGUGUGGCUGGGACGUGCCACUGCACCCGGGGCGCUGGACAGAGCACGUCCCGACCUCUGAGGGCGGCUGAGCACUACCAGCCAGCUUAGUGGGGAGCAGGGCCCCUCAGGUCCAGCUUUGCCAUUGAAAGUGAUCCCAACGACUUUUUGUUUCAGAUACAUGAUUGGCCAAGAGGAUUGUGUGAACGGUGAAGAGAUUAAAUAAGAUUUGUUUGAUUUUUAACUCGAGGGAGCUUUUUGGCCUUCGUUGUUUUAUACAGCCUCUCAGAAGUCACUCUCGGACUGUUGGGCUUUCAGGGCCGAGGUUGCAGAAAUUAAGUUGAUAGUGCAGAUGUGCAGUGGAGAGUUUUGGGGGCCGGUGUGACCGAAAUGCUAUGCACAAAGCAGCGGCGUCCUGCUCGUGAGCCAUGCGUGUGACCUGGGCGGGCGAUGAAGCUCAUAGAGGAUGUUAUGAGCGACCCCUCCCCUGGCAGAGACGCCUGGAAAGGGCACAUCCAGGACCCUGCCAGCCAGCGGUUGACGUGGAACAAGUCCCCAAAGAGUGUUCUUGUCAUCAAGAAGAUCCGGGACGCCAGCCUGCUGCAGCCCUUCAAGGAGCUCUGUGUGUACCUGAUGGAGGAGAACAACAUGAUUGUGUAUGUGGAGAAGAAAGUUCUAGAAGACCCUGCCAUAGUGAGCGAUGACAACUUUGGACCAGUGAAGAAGAAAUUCUGCACCUUCAGAGAAGAUUAUGAUGACAUUUCCAAUCAGAUCGAUUUCAUCAUAUGCCUGGGAGGGGAUGGGACCCUGCUUUAUGCCUCCUCCCUCUUCCAGGGCAGCGUGCCUCCGGUCAUGGCGUUCCAUCUGGGUUCCCUGGGCUUCCUGACCCCCUUCAACUUUGAGAACUUUCAGUCCCAAGUUACUCAGGUGAUACAGGGCAACGCGGCUGUCAUUCUUCGGAGCCGGCUGAAGGUCAGGGUCGUGAAGGAACUCAGAGGGAAGAAGACGGCCGUCCCCAACGGGGUCAGCGAGAACGGAGUGCUGGCCGCGGACCUGGCCGCGGAGGCUGGGAAGCAGGCCAUGCAGUACCAGGUCCUGAACGAGGUGGUGAUCGACAGAGGCCCCUCCUCCUACCUGUCCAAUGUGGAUGUGUACCUGGACGGGCAUCUCAUCACCACGGUACAGGGUGACGGGGUGAUCGUCUCCACCCCGACGGGCAGCACGGCGUAUGCAGCCGCCGCCGGGGCCUCCAUGAUCCACCCCAACGUGCCGGCCAUCAUGAUCACACCCAUCUGCCCCCACUCGCUGUCAUUCCGGCCCAUCGUGGUCCCCGCGGGGGUCGAGCUGAAGAUCAUGCUGUCGCCGGAAGCCAGGAACACUGCGUGGGUGUCCUUCGAUGGACGGAAGAGACAGGAGAUCCGCCACGGAGACAGCAUCAGCAUCACUACCUCUUGCUACCCACUUCCCUCCAUCUGCGUCCGAGACCCCGUGAGCGACUGGUUUGAGAGCCUGGCGCAGUGUCUGCACUGGAACGUGCGGAAGAAGCAGGCGUACUUCGAGGAGGAGGAGGAGGAGGAGGAGGAAGAGGAGGACGAGGAGGAGGACGAGGGGGAGGAGGGGGAGGAGGGCUAGGCCUGAGCUCCUGCUGUCCACACCCGGGACCCCAGAGUCCCAAAGCUGUUCUGCUGCCUCCUUCCCCUCGCCCUCCGGGAGCGGGCUGGCCUGAGCACGUGUGCUGUGCGCCCCGCGCGCAGGCGUCACGGGUCACGGCGCUUUGGUCUGUAGCCAGAGGAAGAGCCGGGAUCUGCCUUUCGUCGACCAGAUCAGCUGUUUUUAACAUUUUAAAUCUGACUUCUUUUUUGCAUUUCUAAACAAGAAAAGUGAGUGACGGCGGGGGACUCUGAAGCAGACCCCAUGCUUACCCGUGUUGUGGGUCAGAGCCUGGGUCCUGGGGCAGGGACACCCGGCUGGAUGUGCUUUUUGUAAUUUCUUGUCAGGAAACUUGUGCUUAAAUCAGUCUAUUGAAAUUCAGAGGGGAUCAGAACGGAUUGAUCUGUCUUUCCACGUCGAAAAUAAAUGUCUCGUAGCCAAAAAUCUCA